AUGCCAAUCUCAUCUGAUCUCAACAAUCCUCGAAACUCCAUUACAAAGAUCUCCAAGUAUAACAAAUUUGUCAACAUUCCAAACAGCAUGGCCGUGUUGGAUGAGCUUUUGUCAAUUGCGGUUGAGAUGGCAAAAGAAACUGCAAAGGAAUAUGGAACUUCACAAAUCCGGGGGAAGGUCAUCGUCGCUCCUCGUAGCAACAACGAAAUGGCUAUAUCGAAGCUGAAGAAUGAGUUUCCAGAGCUGUUAUCCAUGAAAGAAUCCCUAAUCAAAUACGUCUUUGAACCAAACAAGAAAAUUUUGCUGCUUGAGAAGGGCUGA